GGGAGCGCAGGAGUGAAAAGGAGGCGUCGGCAGCGGCUGCGAGCAACAGAUCCGUCCGGGCGCUGAGAGCUAACCCGCUCCGCUGUUGGGCGAUUUAUUUUUGGUUUCCGAAAAUUUUAUUAAUUUAGAAAACCUUGCAUUUUUAAAUGGCGCUGGCCCCGGGUCAGCGGGCGUUUUUCUCUGUUUCAAGAUGGGCUUUGCCGUUUCCGUCUUGGGCACCAGUAGUGGUCUGAUUGUCAGCCUUCUCCGGGCAUUUUUAAGGCCAGGAGCCGAGCGCUGCAUGUAGGAGAAUCACCCUACGGAGCGUUUUGGCUUUUAAAAUUAUUGUUAUUAUUUUGGACAGAGAACAGUCGAUCUCAGGCACUUAGUCCUCUCUGCAGGAGAGGCUGCGAGUCUGAGGUGGGUCGCUCGGAGGGUGAAAUUCCUCCCGGGGUGAGCGAGCUACGGUCCCGCGCACAGUCCAGGCGGCCCAGAGUGUGUGUCCUGUCCCUGCCGGCGCCGGGAAAAUGGAGGCUGUGAUUGAGAAGGAAUGCAGCGCGCUCGGAGGCCUCUUCCAGACCAUCAUCAGCGACAUGAAGGGGAGCUAUCCAGUUUGGGAAGAUUUCAUAAACAAAGCAGGAAAACUACAGUCCCAGCUUCGGACAACAGUAGUAGCAGCAGCUGCCUUCUUGGACGCCUUUCAAAAAGUGGCUGACAUGGCGACCAACACACGUGGCGGCACCAGGGAGAUCGGCUCCGCCCUCACCAGGAUGUGCAUGCGGCACAGAAGCAUUGAGGCCAAGCUGAGGCAGUUUUCGAGUGCUUUAAUCGACUGUCUGAUAAACCCGCUUCAAGAACAGAUGGAAGAAUGGAAGAAGGUGGCCAACCAACUGGAUAAAGACCAUGCAAAAGAGUAUAAAAAAGCUCGUCAAGAGAUAAAAAAGAAGUCCUCAGAUACACUGAAACUGCAGAAGAAAGCAAAAAAAGUGGAGGCUCUCGGGAGAGGCGACAUCCAGCCGCAGUUGGACAGUGCUCUCCAAGAUGUCAAUGAUAAAUAUCUCCUGUUGGAAGAAACAGAAAAGCAGGCGGUCCGGAAGGCUUUGAUUGAGGAACGCGGCCGGUUCUGCACCUUUAUCUCUAUGCUGCGGCCCGUGAUUGAAGAAGAAAUCUCAAUGCUGGGGGAAAUAACUCACCUUCAGACCAUCUCGGAAGACCUGAAAAGCCUGACCAUGGACCCUCACAAACUGCCCUCCUCAAGUGAACAGGUGAUUUUGGACUUGAAAGGUUCUGAUUACAGUUGGUCCUACCAGACGCCACCCUCUUCCCCCAGCACCACCAUGUCCCGCAAGUCAAGUGUCUGCAGCAGCCUGAACAGCGUGAACAGCAGCGACUCGCGGUCCAGCGGCUCCCACUCGCACUCUCCCAGCUCCCACUACCGCUGCCGCAGCUCCAACCUGGCCCAGCAGGCGCCCGUGCGGCUGUCCAGCGUGUCCUCCCACGACUCAGGCUUCAUAUCCCAGGACGCCUUCCAGUCCAAGUCCCCAUCCCCCAUGCCGCCAGAGGCCCCCAACCAGUUGUCUAACGGGUUUUCUCACUAUAGUUUAUCAAGUGAGACCCAUGGGGGGCCCAUGGGGGCAAGCCUUUUCCCUCAUUGCCUGCCUGCCUCCCGCCUGCUCCCUCGGGUCACCUCUGUCCACCUUCCAGACUACGCUCAUUAUUACACCAUUGGGCCCGGCAUGUUCCCGUCAUCUCAGAUCCCUAGCUGGAAGGACUGGGCCAAGCCGGGACCUUACGAUCAGCCUCUGGUGAACACCCUACAGCGCCGCAAAGAGAAGCGGGAGGCGGACCCCAGCGGAGGAGUACCCACUGCUGCGGGUGGCGCGCCUGCAGCUGCCGAGGAGGCUCAGAGACCACGGAGCAUGACGGUGUCAGCUGCCGCCAGGCCUGGUGAAGAGAUGGAGGCUUGUGAGGAACUGGCCCUGGCCCUGUCGCGGGGCCUCCAGCUGGACACCCAGAGGAGCAGCCGGGACUCGCUGCAGUGUUCCAGCGGCUACAGCACCCAGACGACCACCCCAUGCUGCUCGGAGGACACCAUUCCCUCCCAAGUUUCAGAUUACGAUUACUUCUCUGUAAGCGGUGACCAGGAGGCAGACCAGCAGGAGUUUGACAAGUCCUCCACCAUUCCGAGAAACAGUGACAUCAGCCAGUCCUACCGACGGAUGUUCCAAGCCAAGCGCCCGGCCUCGACAGCCGGGCUCCCCACCACCCUCGGACCCGCCAUGGUCACCCCGGGGGUUGCGACCAUCCGACGGACCCCUUCUACCAAGCCUUCUGUCCGCCGGGGGACCAUUGGAGCCGGUCCUAUCCCCAUCAAGACACCUGUGAUCCCUGUGAAGACCCCAACUGUCCCAGACCUCCCUGGGGUGUUGCCAGCCCCCCCGGAUGGGCCAGAGGAGCGGGGUGAGCACAGCCCCGAGUCGCCGUCUGGGGGUGAGGGUCCCCAGGGUGUCACCAGCGUUCCCUCCUCGCUGUGGAGUGGCCAAGCCUCCGUCAACCCUCCUCUUCCAGGCCCGAAGCCAAGUAUCCCGGAGGAGCACAGACAGGCGAUUCCAGAAAGCGAGGCUGAAGACCAGGAACGGGAUCCCGCCAGUGCCGCUGCCUCCCCAGGCCAGGCUCCAGAGAGCGACCCCGCAGACCUGAGCCCGAGAGAGGUCCCGCAAGGAGAAGACAUGCUGAACGCCAUCCGGAGGGGCGUGAAGCUGAAGAAGACCAUGACAAAUGACCGCUCGGCCCCUCGCUUCUCUUAGGUGCAUCAGAAAUGCUGCCAGUGGGGGAUGAACUGUUUAAUUAAUGAAACCUAAUUUGUCUUGAUCCAUUCCAAUCUAUAAUCAAACAGAUUUUGUAGGCAACUCAGAAUACAGCUCUUUUGAACGUACUCGACACCUUUAGAUAAGAAUUAAAAGCAACAUAUGUAACUGACAUGAUCUUUUAAUUUGUAAAUAUUGACAAUUUUGUUUCUGCACAUUUUAAUCUUAGCUUCCCUUUUGAUUUUUCUGAAGGUGCCAAAUUCCAUUUAACUUUUUUACAAGUCUUUGUAAAAUUUUAAAUGCAUAAGGGGGGGGUAGGGUGGUCAGGGCAGGGGAACCACUAAGUAGUUAACUUCAGAAAAAAGGGGUAACUUUUUCUUUUUUUUUUUUCUCCUGCAAGCUUUUGUAGAUGCAUUGUAGUUAGUAGUCUGGCUUAGAAGCAAAUUCAAGUUAUUUUAAUGUACAAACAAAAUGGUAAGGGGUAAAAUCUUCAUUUAAAUAUACUAUGUUCCGAAUGAGCAAGCAGUAGUACGAGUUGAUGAGCAAUAUUCAGAGUGAAGUGAAUCUGGAGAUG